CCUGAUCCGUUACCGGACCGGUAGUGGGAAGGGGUCCUGACUGUACGUGCGUCGCGGAAUAGGGCUGGCAGUCACGUGACUGGCAGCGGCCGGCGCCUCGGAGCGAGGAGGAGGCUGCAGGGGGAGGGGAAGCCCGGACUCCCCUUGGCCAGGCCGGCCCCCGCCGCCAUGGGCAUUAAAUUUUUAGAAGUUAUUAAGCCUUUCUGUGCAGUUUUACCUGAAAUCCAGAAGCCUGAAAGAAAGAUCCAGUUCAGAGAGAAAGUACUAUGGACAGCUAUCACGUUAUUCAUUUUCUUAGUGUGCUGUCAGAUACCUUUGUUCGGAAUCAUGUCAUCAGACUCUGCAGAUCCUUUCUAUUGGAUGAGAGUCAUUCUUGCAUCAAACAGAGGGACUUUGAUGGAGUUGGGUAUCUCGCCCAUUGUGACAUCUGGUUUGAUCAUGCAGCUGUUAGCUGGUGCCAAGAUCAUUGAAGUUGGUGAUACACCGAAAGACAGAGCUCUUUUCAAUGGAGCCCAGAAAUUGUUUGGGAUGAUUAUAACCAUUGGGCAGGCCAUUGUGUACGUCAUGACUGGGAUGUAUGGAGAUCCUGCUGAAAUGGGUGCUGGAAUUUGUCUGCUUAUCAUAAUUCAGUUGUUUGUUGCUGGUUUGAUUGUGCUGCUGUUAGAUGAGCUGCUGCAGAAGGGUUACGGCUUGGGGUCUGGUAUUUCCCUCUUUAUUGCUACCAACAUCUGUGAAACCAUUGUCUGGAAGGCCUUUAGUCCCACUACCAUUAAUACCGGCAGAGGAACGGAGUUUGAGGGUGCCGUGAUUGCAUUAUUCCAUCUUCUGGCUACACGAACUGACAAAGUCCGUGCUUUGCGGGAGGCUUUCUACCGACAGAACUUGCCCAAUCUCAUGAAUCUUAUUGCUACAGUAUUUGUGUUUGCUGUGGUCAUAUAUUUUCAGGUAAAUGAAAAGUGCAAUCUACAGCUAUAG